AUGACCCUCAGGACUAGCAAGGAGGUUGAAGGUCCGAAUCCAAAACUGAUUAUUCCAAAGGAAAAGAACGAGAACCAGAUUGAGCAAGAAAUUGAGAAAGAAGGCAAAGACGGUGUAGACGGUAAGGUAAUUCUUGACUCUUCUGUUAAAGUUAAUUCUAACUCGCUGUCUUUUCCUAAUAAGUUAGAGAAGCCGAAAAAGUUGGAGAAAGAAAAGGAAAUUUUAGAAGUGUAUCACAAAGCGGAGACCAAUAUUCCUCUAUUGGAUGCGAUCAGACAAGUGCCCAAGUAUGCUAAGUUUUUGAAGCACUUGUGCGUCAACAAAAGGAAGUUGCGAGCAGAUAAAAAGAUAGUGGUGGGAGAAAACGUAUCAACCGUAUUACAAAAGAAACUUCAACCCAAAUGUGGGGAUCUAAGCAUGUAUACUAUCCCCUGUAAAAUAGAAAAUACUAGACUUGGAAAUGCAAAACUAGAUUUAGGAGUUUCGAUCAAUGUGAUGCCUAAGACUAUAUAUGCUUCUCUAAAUUUAGGACUGUUGAAACAAACUGAGAUAAUCAUUCAGUUAGCUGACCGUUCUAAUACGUAUCCUGAUGGGUUAAUUGAAGAUGUCCUAAUUCAAGUUAAUGAGCUAGUAUUUUCUACUAGUUUUUAUGUUCUUGACAUAGAUUAUGAGAAUUCUAUGAAUCCAUCCCCUAUAAUGUUAGGAAGACCAUUUCUAAGUACUGCCCAGACCAAAAUAGAUGUUAAUGAGGGGACUCUUACUAUGGAAUUUGAUGGGGAGAUCGCCCAUUUCAAUAUUUUUAAAGCCAUGAGAUAUCCCACUGAAACUGAUUAUGUGUGUUCUACUAGUGUUAUUAACCCUGAUUUGCAGGGGUUAUUUUCAACUUAA